GCAGUCAACGUUGGGCACCACCGCGAGUACCACCGUCCAAAUAAAUCCCGUUCAUAAUGUGGUACCAUCGAAUAUUGUUGUCGGUCGGCAUUUGUGUGCUCGGAAAAGUUUCCAACAGCCUUGCUGCCUCUGGUCCACAGCAUGGUAAAGUGGUUGUCUGUUAUCUAGGAAGCUGGUCAGUGUACCGACCAGAUAGAGGCUCCUAUACCAUAGAACAUUUAGAUCCUUCACUUUGUACUCAUCUCAUAUACUCUUUCGCUGGACUUGAUAUAAGGUCCGAUCGAAUAAAACCUUUGGAUCCUUGGCAAGAUUUAACAGAAGACUAUGGUAAAGGCGGUUAUCAGAGACUGACAGCUCUAAAAAAUAAAUAUCCCCAUCUAAAGGUGUCUUUAGCUAUAGGAGGUUGGAAUGAAGGAUCAGUCAAUUUUUCUCAACUGGCUGCUAGUCCUGAGAAAAGAGUGAAGUUUGCCCAAAAUGUUGUUGCAUUUCUAAGAAAAUAUAACUUUGAUGGACUAGACUUGGACUGGGAAUUCCCAGGUCAAAGGGGUGGAAGGCCAGAAGAUAAAACAAACUUCUUACUUUUGGUGAAGGAUUUGAAGGCGGCCUUUAGGAAGCAUAAGCUGCUGUUGACAGCUGCGUUGGGUGCAGGAAAGGAUACAAUAGAUAAGGGAUACAAUGUGAAGGGCAUAUCUACUUAUCUAGAUUUCAUCCACAUGAUGUGCUACGACUAUCAUGGUGCUUGGGACAGGAAAACCGGUGCAAAUGCUCCAUUGAGAGCGAAUGACGAAUUGAAUGUGGAAUUCACAAUCAACUACAUCUUGAAGCAAGGAGCUCCGCCGCAUAAGGUGGUACUGGGAGUACCUUUCUAUGGUCGUACCUUCGUCAUAGAUUCACCAAGACCUGGAGAGGCCAUACCUCAGCUGGGUGAACCUGCUAGUAAUGGCUUCCAAGGACCCUAUACCAGAGAAAAUGGAUUCUUAGGUUAUAAUGAGAUCUGCCUGGAACUAAAAAACACAUCAGCGAACUGGCGAGUACACUGGGAUAGCGAAACACAGACGCCAUUUGCAGUAGAUGAAGACAAAGUCAUGACGUAUGACAAUGAACAGUCUGUUGCUGAGAAAGUACAUUUUGCCAUAAAGGAAGGCCUGGCUGGAAUUAUGGUUUGGUCAGUAGACACGGACGAUUUCCAUGGUGAUUGUUCACUGGGAGACGAGGAGAGCUUUGUCAACUAUCCCCUACUCAGGUGCAUCAACAAAUCCAUCGACAAAUCGCUGAGGGAGUUGGAGAACAGCAUCAUCCAUGGCAGGGAGAAGCAAAGCAACACGGGAAGUGUAAAUAGUUUGAGUUGUGUAGGACUUUUGAUGGUGUUAGUAAAGUGGUUCGUGUGAGAAGUGUUUCAGCAAUAGCAAUUAGAUAACAAUCUUAAGGAUCCAAUUUUGUAAAAUUCCUACAGUUUUAUUCAUAAUCAAAUUUAUGCAUUUGGUUCCAAAUGUAUGCGACGGAUAACAAGUGAUUUCUUAAAAUUUAAAAUACAAUACAGGAUGAUUGGUAGGUCUAAAAUUGCCGAUUGAUGAGAUGGAUAAUAUAUUUUUGUAUUUUCAAACGAUUUAUUGAAAUUUUUUGAUAAAAUGCCUCAACCUCCUGCACACACACUCCUGCAAGAGGUUUCAAGCUUAACGCCGUAAAGUAUGUUUUUGUUGCUGUAAAAUGAGCUUACUGUCCACACUAGUUGGCUUGACACAGAAUAUUGUACAUUGAGAAGUUUCUCUCAACAUCAUUUGAUUAUCCAUUAUUCGAAUCAUAGAAAUAAUCUAAAUAAUAUUUUGAAACAUUGAAAAUAAAUAAUUGCUCCAGUCAAAAGCGAGACAUCAGACUUUAAGCUCUUUCGCCCAAACUAUGAGAUAUACCAAUAGAAAAUGUUGUAGCGUUAUUGUAAAAUUCAUUACGUAACACUUGGAUAGAUAAUCAACAUUAUUGUACUAUAUUUUUCCAUAAUGACGUAUUGGAGGUUCGAAUACGUUUGUAGUAUGAUAAAGAUUCAAGACGUACGAAGUGUAUUUUCAUACUUAAGUUAGAAUAUUAGGAAAGUUGAAAACAUUUUAUAUGAAGACGUUUCAUCUGUGAUACAUUUACAUUUUUUGUAGCAUUAUGUGUUUAAUGGUAAAAUGAAAUAUACCAAUUUUAUUUACUUUGUUGU